AUGAACGGCUACGGCUCGCCCUACUUGUACAUGGGCGGCCCGGUGGCGCCUCCGGCGCGGGCGCCCCUGCAGCGGACGCCCAAGUGCGCGCGCUGCCGCAACCACGGCGUGCUGUCGUGGCUGAAGGGCCACAAGCGCUACUGCCGCUUCAAGGACUGCACGUGCGAAAAGUGCAUCCUCAUCAUCGAGCGGCAGCGCGUCAUGGCCGCGCAAGUGGCGCUGCGCAGGCAGCAGGCCAACGAGAGCCUUGAGAGCCUCAUCCCCGACGCCCUGCGCGCUCUGCCCGCCGCCGCCGCCGCGCCCGGCUCUGCUGGGACCACGACCACGGGACACCCCGGAGCAGGAGCCGCUGCAGCUGCCGUCGCCCCCUCGGAGGGACCCCCAGGCACACCGCAUCGCCCGCCGAUGGAGCUGGCCGCCGCAGCCCUCCGCUGGGCUUCGGAGCAGCCCACCGCCGUCCAGCCGCCGCAGCUGCCCAAAGCAGGUAUGUGGGAGUGCAGGGGGCGGGGCGGGGGGGGCAAGGCGCCCAGAGGCAACCAGUGGCGCAUCGGGCCCCACAAGCAGCAGGGGCUUCAACUAGGCUGCUUUGACUUCUCCACGGAUUAUAAGGCGUUCAUCGGCUUCGGGGGCGAACCACAUCUCAGCCCCGGAACUUGGGGAGGCGGCGGGGCCCGGAAUUUACUCUAAGGAAGCAGGCAGUUCCCGCAGACGUAGACGGUGGGGACGCGGUGGGGAGGACGGAGGCUCUUUCCGAAACGGAGCUGUAGGCAGCCGUCGUAACUUCGCUGAAAUAAAAAACAAAUCCGGUUGAAAUCUAGUGGAGACUUAGUUGCAAGUCGCUCUCCGGCUUAAACUGUAUGCCUACGCGUCGGGGCCCGAUCCCUAGGCAAAGGCUAAAGGGGUAUUGUAAUUAAUCGGGAGAUUCCCGCGCGCCCAAGUGGGCUCACGCAGGGACACAACUUUCCCCGGGCCGUGGAAAACUUCGCGGGGGGUGGGGAGUGGCGAGGUUUCUUUCUGGUGUGCGGCGCCCUUUUUUUUCUGCCGUCGGGAAGGAAUGGGGAAGAGCAAAGCGGGGGCGGGGGGAACGGUCUCCAUUGGGAAGUGGGUGCUGCGCUGGGGAGGAAACGCAUAUUCUCCCGCCUCCUACUUGGGAGGCAACUAGAAUCGCCGGGAUGGGGCGCCUUUGGUCCCCCGACAGCUUUCCUGGGCAGGGCGGCGUGUCCCGUUGUCCGGGGAGCGAGGGAGACUCUGAGCUUGCCAAGAGUGCUUGCCUGCUGUCAUACAUCCAAGACGCGCAGUGAGGACAGGCGGAGGCGGGGCAGGCCCUUCUCUUCCCAACCGGGACCGGAUUUUGGGGUGGAAAGCUGCUGUGCGCGAGGCCGAGGACAGGAGGGGAAGGGACCCGGCCUCGGUCUCUGCCUCGCCGGCACCCGCGGACGCUCCUCUUUCCCAAGGGCGCCAGUUCUUUUCGGGACAACAAGGAGGAGGCUGAGAGACAACCACCCCCGAAGGGCCGUCUGUGAGCUUUUCUUAAGGAAAGAAGCGAUAUCCCCACGCAGUACAACAUUGCGCGUGUUUACUCAGAAGUAAGCGCUGUUGGGUCCAGUGAUGCUUACUCCCAGGUAAGGGCGCCUCAGCCCCCUUGCCGUCGAGGGGCGCUGAAGGAGCCGGACAGCGCCUCCACAGCGAUUCUUCCUCCGUGAAUAAAGGUGUGAUCAGGUCUCGUUCACCUGCCUCGCCAGGACCCGGGGACAGCUUCCUCCGGCCAUUUAGAACCUGAUAUUUCAGAAUAUUUCGAUCCCCCCCCCCGACGUCUCUCAGAGACCUCGGUAUGGUUUGUAACAGAUCCGCGGUACAGAUGAGGUGUCCCUAUCCGUCCAGGGUGAACUCUAAACUCGCCGACUGGGGAGUAAGUCUUCGUGAGCUCUGUGGGGCCUCCGCUUCGAAUAACAACUCGCGGGAUCUGCUGAUUCUGUCGCGAUCUUGACUGCCAGAGGCUGACGGUCCCUUUGCUCUGCGCGCUUCGCCCUGUGAAGCGGAAUCCCGGGGGGCCUACCCCAAGGUGACUGGAGUCAAGGAUCCAGGGGAUACUGAGCCACGGAUAGGGACCUUCUAGCCCAGGGAGCCCAUCCGUAACUUUGCUGGUCCUCGGCGGCCAAGCAGCUGCUGUUUGCGGGUUCGUUUAAAAAAUAAAACCAGCCCGACCCCCUCUCGGUCCAGUCUGCUUCUUCCCAGUGCUUAACAGUCAUUCCCAAUUGGUGGUCCGUGAGCCCCGGCGAGUCCGCAUAACCCACCCGGGGGGGCCAUGGUGCGAGUCACGUAACAAAAACUACCAUAGAAAUAUCACACUUUUCAAAAGUAGGGACUCCAUGGCUUGGCUUUGGAAAAACAGGCGGACCGCAUCACUUAGCUAGUCGGAAACGACCGGCGAGGAGAUGCUGUUUUGGGGUGGACAGAAGGAGACUGCAAUUUACAUUCCUGUCGAUCCAGGGAAUUUAAUAGUUGGAAGAAGUGGGGGAAAUAUCAAAGACCGUAACCAGAGACACUGAGCUGUGAAAUGCGGGUUAGUGAUCGUUCGAAGCCAUUAUUUUUAGCGCGAGAAACGGACGGUUAUCUUGUUUGGCUGUAGUGACCUGAGCUGCUGUGCUCUGGAAGAAGAAGAGCCCAUGUAAUGUAAGCAGGUUCGGCCCUUAAAACGGAUCCUGAGUAAGAAAGGCCCCUGGGACCUCGCCUUGCCCUCUUCGAAGGUCCGUCGAGCUUUCUGAGUAGUCGUAUUCAGGAUUGCACUGUACUUAAGCCGGCGUCGUGGCGUCCCUGAGCCUGUGCAGCCGCUGGGAAGCUCAGUGUUGCGCAGAUUCAGCGCGCCUAACUGCACCAAGGCUCGGACUGUAAGCAGCAGGGACUUACUGCCCAAUCCUAUCCACAUUUACUUGGUGAGUAGGCCUUUCUCCCUGGUAAGCAUGCAUAGGAUCGCAGGGCAAGCUUUGUUGCAGAUAAUGCAAAGACCUGGGGAGCCAGGUGUGCGCUUAGAAUCAAAAUGUGUGUCUGUCCUGUUUAUGCAGCCCGAUUAGGCUUUUACUCACCGCCAGAUAUUACUGCUGCAGAAACUUGGUGGAAACAGGAAAGAUUCAGGCCACAAGUCCCCGACCUGUGUCAAAUCGGCGAGGAGACUGCGACGAAUAGAGAGUCCUAAAAAUAUACAACAUCCUGGUGAAAUUGGAGACCCGUCGGCGCUCAGGGUCUGGCUGAUUCGGUUGCAGCAGUCCUGCGGCGCUGCAAUAAAGGCUGUAACGAGCUAAUAAGGGUAGCAGGGAAAAUCCCCUCAGGACCUCACAGCUCCCUGGGAGAGGAUUUAUGGGGUUUAUCUGCCAUCUCGGCAGCUGUUUCUGCGCGGAACCUGCGCCAUCACCUCUGCGGCCCAUUCUAGGAAAUUCAGAGAGACUCACAAGCCGCCCUGGUCCCACCAGUUCCAUCAGGAAACGACUAUCGCCCUGUUUUCCUUUUGGCAAAUGUGAUUUUGCUGUUCGCGCGCGGGUGUGUGGAGAGAGCCGGCUCCCCGCAAGAUCAAGGCCCCUCUCGCGACUUUUCUCAGGUUUCAAAGUACUCUGCUAGCUUGCAGGGGACUUAGUAGAAAUAACCUUUGCUGCUUAAUUGGAAAAUGAAAGAGGAGGCGGGGAAACAAGGCGGGGGAGAGAGUGUAUAAACCCCGGAGUAUAUUCGUUGUAGACAGUUUCCUUCUUGGUGAUGUCCUCUGUCUCCAAACUCUCAACCACCUUCAUAAUUAUAAAUUAAACGUUUAACCCUCCUAAUCUUUAUUUCUUUAAAUAACACUAUCUGAUGCAUUUCCAGGGCAGCUAACAGCUUACUAUCACCCCCCACUAACCAAUGCAACAGUCAUAACAAAACAAUUACAAUUCUUUUAAAUAACCAAACAUUUAAAACUUCGCAGAGUCCGGAUUACAAAACAAGGCUAAUAAAAAGCUCGCUUAAGCAGAAUCGUCUUCCCUCGACAGUGGGAACAGCGAGUCUCUCCCGUAGCAAGGAGUCCUACUCUUGAGGUGCCGGCACGAAAAAGGCCCUCUUGGGCAUCUAGACCAAACGUUUAAGGCUUGGAGAGCAUAAUUAGUUCCGAAGAGCGUCAGGAAGGGUUGACAAACGACGGGAGCGCUUCUGAAAUAGGCUUUGUAUGCGCUCAGCCCCUUGUUCUGCUGGCUAUCAUACCUGCUGCAUUCUGGGGCGACUGGAAUUGUUGUAAAACUGUCAAUUUAGUUUUGUUCCCCCCCUAAAAUAGGUAAUUAAACUCUUCCCUCUCUUAGCUCAUCAAACAAUUAGGAGGCCGCCAAUGUGCGUUUAUUUUUUAUGUGAUAAGGGGUAGGAAGUGGAAAAAACAAAAAUUGUAUCAACAGUAUCCUCUACUCGGGAGAGGCCUAUUAAACUUGGUGGGUCUGACUUCCGAGUAAACAUGCAGAGGAACAGGAUGCGCAGUGGCUCUGAGCUCCAGGUGCGGGGAUUUAAAAUAGAACCCUGCAGAUUUCGCAUGAAGAUCUGUGGGUGGCAUCUAACACCAGUCUUGCUCAGAGAAGACCCCCUGAAGACAAUGGACUUCUCCGGAGUUCCGUUGCACUUGGAAGCAAAGGUCUGAGGCGCGCCGCCGGAUCUUGCCCUGCGCUUUGGAUGUUCCUCGUUUAAGUCAACUUACAGUAUACCUCGAUCCCCGGAACUGGCUUCGAGGUGGCGGAUCUCGGGGCCUCCCUGCCUCCUCUUAGGCCUGGCGACCUUAAACUCAGACGUUCCUCGCUUUCCAAGACUCUUUCAAAAUGAAGCGAGGUUACAGUUCAGGAGUACGCUGCGUCGCGUUCCUUCUCAAGGUUAGACGUUGUUGAGUGCGUGUGCGGAGUUAGCACACGGAAUGCUGGUUUUUGUACAACUGCCGUGACCCUUUCGUGGCGGAUUGUGUCAGGAAACCUUUUGGGAAUUUUCCUUCUCCCAUUAAACCUGGCGGCGACUCUUUCUCCGAAAGGAGAGACUUGCAGAUGCGUUUGACUAUCCAGCGCACCAGCCCCUUGGGAACAAACCCCUUUCCUCGAAGGAGCGCGGAAGGGGCUGCGGACACAGCGGGAAGGUCUCCCAGCUCGACCCCUUCCUCGAAGACUUUCCGCCCGGACCUUGGAUACCUGCGCGCAUUUCGGCCUCUGGAAAGCGUGGCUGGGAUGGGAUACAUACAAUAUAAAGAACAGUGUGGCGUGCCCUCUCCACCCCAUACAAACACCGGGUCGUCUUAGACGAGGCUGCUUCUGUGCGUAAGAGAGGGAGAGGUUUCAGAACUCGAAUACAACCCUGGAGCCGUCGACCUUGCUCCGAGGGGGCCUGGACUGCGGCGCUGCGUAAAGGCGCUUAGAUUAGGAAGGGCGAAGCAGGCGAAGGGGAAGCUGGUGCCCAGGCUCCUUAUUAUUCGGGGCUGAGGUGGGGAGAAUUAAUGUAGGCCGCCGCGUCUCCGAAGCAUUUAGAUAUUUCGGGACCAAAGAAAAUAUUGCAACACACGGCGAAACCUCGACUGUUGGGUUUUUGGGGGAGGAAGGGCGCGCGACUUAGUCCUCUUCGGUUUUCACUUUUAUACGCGAUGCACUGGGAAGAAGUUGGGGAUUUAUUUAUUUUUAAUUUCCGAAAAUCCGAAUGAAUGUUGUUUUCUGGAUAGGAUUGCAGCCUGGCGUGCCCAGCGCAUCGCGUUCCACACUCCAGUUCCACAGGGUUCUUUGGAAUGAAUAGUAUACCAUUCCCUACGGAUCCAGAAUAAAUAUUCCCACUUGAUUCCAGCCCCACUUUUGGAAAUGCGCGCUACUCAAUAAGCAUGAAUUUAAAGGUUUGUGUGAUGCUUUAGAAUAAUUCUAUUAAUUUGUAAUAGCCUGGUGACAAUUGGUUAAAAAUUAUGGAAAAUCAAUAAAAAUAAUUGGCAUAAAAAUAAUAGAAUUGUAGAGUUGGAAGGGAACCCGAGGGUAAUCUAGUCCAACCCCCUAAAAUGCAGGGAACUUUUUACCCAAUGGGCUCGAACCCACGACCCUAAGAUUUGUGGGAUUUUUACAAUGCAGUCAAACCAACGAUGCAUGUUUGCUACAUAGGCGCAGGAGAGGAACUGAAGCUCAGAGUCUUGUAAAUUCCCUCUGAGAGACGCUCCCACAGUGCCCUGUUAGGGGAAGGCGUAUCCAUUCCUAUAAUCUCCUCACCUGGCUGGGCACUUCUUCUCUGCCCUUUGCCCUUUCAACUUCAUCUCAGCAAUGUAGAACAUCUGGAUGUCCGAGCUGCACUGCUCAGACACCAUUUUAAACCAGACUAAAGUAUGUCUUUGUAACCUGGUUACCAUUUUAAGCUUGCCUGAACAAAGCUGCUUUACCUGUUACUCUUCAACAAGUAUUCCGAGUGAGUAAAUGCUAUUUUUACCUUUUGCAAGACUGUUUGCGUGGUUAUUGUUUUAAGAAAAUGGGAAAUAGCAGGGGAAUCCAGUCUGCCUUAAAAGAAUCCUGGAUUACUUAAACCAACAGGCUAAAACUGGCCUAUCUAAGCUUCCUCAUUCUAAGAUGCAAAGGGAUACGUUCUGCUGAAUUUACAAAGGUGAGGAAGGAAUGAUAAUACAGUACCUAAAUAUAUAUAUCUCCUCUCCUAGUUUCUAUAAAAAUCUCAUCAAUAUUAAGCAGUGCCGGAUUUGCGUAUAAGUUAAACAAGCUAUAGCUUAGGGCCCCACUCUCUUGGGGGCCCCCAAAAAAUGCAAAGGAAAGAAACACCUGGAUGUACUGGAUCAAAAACUUUGAUAAAAUACCGGUACAUAUUUUGUUAUGUGCAAAUGGCUUUAGAUACCUUUUAGGUUCAUAAAUUACCAUAUAGCAUAUAUUCAACACAAAAAACAGCCACAAUUUGCUGUUGACAAAGGGCAGCUGGACAUAGAAAGGGCCCCAUUCCCUUCAGUAGCUUAGGGCCUCACCAAACCUAAAUCCGGCCCUGAUAUUAAGAGUCAAAUGGUCUACCUACGGACUGAGCUUUUCCUUCUCCAGUUUUGCCUCCGAAUCUGCAAGCAUUUUGACGGCAGCUAGUAGGACAGAGUCGGUCACGACUGGACCUAAUGGUCAGGGGUCCCUUUACCUUUACCUUCAGUAGGACUUUAGGGGGAAAGCGUUAAGAGUGCUCUUGGGGGUUUCAUUCUCGACUCUUUCUCCCCUUCCCGAGUAAAUGUGCUUAGCAGGUUCGCAGCCUUUAAGUUUUCAGUAAGCAAAGCGAGGCUGCAAUUCUAAGCACUCGCCCUGCGGAGUAAGGCUGCAGUUCUAGGAGAAAGUCUGAUCGAUAGGGCUUACUUCUGAGUAAAAAUGUAGAGGGUUGCUUUGUAAGAUCAAUGGGGUUCACUCCCGCUUAACAUGUUUAGGAUUGCUCUCCAUAAGGCUGCAAUUAUCCGGUCCCAGUUUGCUUGGGACGAAGACCUCUUGAUUUAAAUGGGAUUUCCCACUGAGAAAUUGUCAGUUGUCAAAUUGUCAAUUGUCAACAACAUAGCCGACAAGCCGCUAAGGUGUGGGGAGAAUGAAAUAGCGAGACGUGUAGAUAGAAAGGAAACUUGCUAUCUGCAAAUUUCGCCUUGGCGCGAUUCCUGCUGCUUCCUCAAUCCGAUUCUAAACGAUGCGUGCAAAGUUCUGGAGUACGAAUCUACACGUACAUAAGUCAGACACAUGGCUGUUUUAAAGAUUAUCUUCUCUGUUAGCAGUUCCUGCCUCUAAGUCCUCCGCUGAGUAUUUUAGGGCCCAUGAUCCAUUAAUUCCCUUCUUUCUGCGAAGGGAACCACAGUUCUCCCCCACCCCUCCAAUAUUUUGCUGCUGACUUUAAAUAAAAAUUUAAUAAAACAGAAGAAGAAAGGAACAGUUUAAUUGAAGGGGGUUGAUUUGUGCUUGCACAGACGUGUCAAUGCAGUGGCUCUCCCUGAAAAGGGAGAGGUAUGUUUAAACAUUUAAAUUCAAUCCAAAAGUCUUAGAAGAGGGAGAAGGAUUCCAGAGAUUGCUUGCAUCCUUCUGCAGAUAUGUGUUUACUGUUUUUUUCCUAUUUUUCCCAGCGUGAAUGAAUGGAAAUAUAAUUCUUAAAAGAUUUUUACGUGUUCUGGGGUUUUAUAUUUGUUAUAUUCUUGUCCUGAGCAUCCAUCUAAAGAUUUUAAACAAUGUAAUAAAUCCUUUAUUGUGGAGUAGUAGAGGCUUUCUGUUACCAUGGUUUGGUUUAUAUAACAAAACAUCACCUGCAGCAUCCCUUGUUCUGUGGGCUUAAAGAGAAGGAGCGAAAUUCAGAAGAAAGUUGUGCUCUUGCAAGUGACGUUGUGUUCAGUGCCUUGUUUUUACAAAAAAAGUGUCAGUGCUGUAAUUAGAAUUAUUCUUGGACAAUUUUUUUGUUUUACAAUUAAGCCAAUUUUGUCCUGCGUAAGUUCCUUGAAACUGAAGGCCUGUGAAAUCAACAGCUGGGCAAUUCCUUCAUUCGAACCAACCAAAAUAUCAUAAAAGUGUAGCAAGCUUUCAAAUUCUUCAGAAAUCUUCAUCGGACAAGAUGUUAACACAAAGCAGGGAGUCAGGAGGAGUGUAUGUGUACAAAAAUUAAGCAGAUGUUGCAGCCAUGAAGUCAGCUUCUGGACUCAUUUGCCUUAUGGGCCGAUUGAAGGCUGAAUAAAUCUCUUUUUUCCCUCCUGGAAAUUUAAGGAUAUCUGAGCAAGUGCUCCCCCCCCCCGCCCACAGGUACUACAGAUAACAGGUUACACAUUCAGGAUUCUGGGCUAAAGAAGCAAUGACUACCAUCUUCCUCCAACAGAUCGCAAGGCAGAAUUCAUAACAUGUAAUGCCGACAUCUGCUUAAAUGAAAGCUGGUCCCUUAACUUACUUAAACAGUAUCUUACUUAAACAGUAUGGAUAGCAUCUGUCUCUGGGAAAAAAAUAGAAUUGCUUCGAUGAGUUAUCAUUAUAAACUCUGCAGCUGAAAGAAAACCUUAGUCAUUUUUCUUUCUUUUUUUAGUCCCCAACAAAAUCAGUUGACAAUUUGGUUGGUCGUGGUAAAACGACUUGGGGAUUUUUCCAAAUAAAAGUAGCACUUUAAUCCCUGUUCUAAUGUAACCUUCCUCUUCUUCUGCUUAAGUGAUUUGGUGGGUUUCUCCCAGAGAAAAGUUUGUUUAUUUGCAGGGCAGAGGACUGGCAACUAGUGUCCCAUGAGAUGACAGCAUGUUGUAGAAAAAGUGGCAGUGUUUUGUUCCUGCCUGCCUGCCCCACUACCCCUCAGUGUGGAACUAUAACCAGUGGCGGACCUUGGCAUCUCAAAUGCCAGUGGCGCCAUGUGCAGCACCAAAAUCCGGCACCCCCGCCUCUCGUCUUCUGCAGCACCCCAGAAGCCUUGCACCCGGUGCAACCAAACCGGCCGUGCUCCCUUCCACCUUUGCUAUAACUCCCAUAAUCCUUGGCCAUUGGCCAUGCUGUCUGGGACUGAUGGAAGGUGGUCCACCUGCCUGUGCAGGGCCACAGGUCCCCAGCCCUGCGUUCGUGAGUCCCUAAGCAUCCUCUGAGAUUUGUGUCCUGCGUUCCAGGCAACACAACCUUGGAGGGCUUCAUUGGCCCCUCCUUCACUUUGGAAACGUGGGAUGUGAUACCUAAGUAGCAGUCAAGUACCACAUUCCUUGUUUUCCUAGAGUGGACAUGCAGGGGAAAGUUUGGUCCAGCCAGUCAAAAACUUCCUGUUUCCUCCUGGCUGGGACAUACUUCUUUUGCAUGUGACUAGACGCGGGUGGCGCUGUGGGUUAAACCACAGAGCCUAGGGCUUGCCGAUCAGAAGGUCAGCGGUUUGAAUCCCCACGACGGGGUGAGCUCCCGUUGCUCGGUCCCUGCUCCUGCCAAACUAGCAGUUCAAAAGCAUGAAGUGCAAGUAGAUAAAUAGGUACCACUCCAGCGGGAAGGUAAGUGACAUUUCUGUGCGCUGCUCUGGUUCGCCAGAAGCGACUUAGUCAUGCUGGCCACAUGACCCGGAAGCUGUACGCCGGCUCCCUUGGCCAAUAAAGCGAGAUGAGCAUCGCAACCUCAGAGUCGACCAUGACAGGACCUAAUGGUCAAGGGUCCCUUUACCUUUUAGAGGUGGGCAUGACUUUACCUGUUCAGGUAACAAAAGUACAGGGCAUGCUGCACUCUCUCCCUUUUUGACUUCCUCUGUUGUUGGAGCAGCUUUGUAGCUAGAUAUGCGAAAAAUCCCAGGACCCUGGGAUUACCCUCAUAUGGUAUAGAUCAGGCUUCCUUAACCUCAGCCUUCCAGAUGUUUUGAGACUACAAUUUCCAUCAUCCCUGACCAUUGGUCCUGCUAGCUAGGGAUCAUGGGAGUUGUAGGCCAAAAACAUAUGGAGGGCCGAGCUUGAGGAAGCCUGGGAUAGGAUCCACAUGUAUAUACGUUGUAACUAAGUCUGCCUUCUGGGAUCCAACUGUGAACAGAAUGUAAGUAAACUACUUUUAUAUACUUUAUACAAGAUUGUGGUGUGUUUAUUCUUUUAAGAGGGAUGAAAGGGAACUUACCAGGAACAUACAAUUCAAUACAGUGGUACCUCGGGAUGCGAACGGAAUCCGUUCCGGAGCCCCGUUCGCAUCCUGAAGCGAACGCAACCUGCGCCUGUGCAUGUGCAUGUUGCGUUUCGCCGCUUCCACACAUGUGGUGACUUCAUUUUGACCGCCUGCGCAUGUGCGUGUGGUGAAACCCGGAAGUAAUGUGCUCCGUUACUUCUGGGUCACUGCGAGCGCAACCCGAAAAUACUUAACUUGAAGCACAUUUAUCCCGAGGUAUUACUGUACUGAAUUGUAUGAUAGUGAGAGCCUGCAACCAGCUACCUGCUGUGCAAUUAAAAAGGGGAAUGUAAACUCUGCUCAGUAAAGGAACUUGCUAGCACAAGUUAGGAAGGAUAUCAAUAAACAAUAUAUCCUCUCCUGCCUCCCUGAACAUUCCAACAGGAAAAAGUACUGCUGAAGUCCAGAGGCGGUUUGGCAUAUCCAGCUGUUUUGGGGAGGGACGUGGCCUGAGAACAGAAGCUCCUCUGAGCUGCAAGAAGCUUAUAAAUCUGAUGAAUAGAAGCACGAUUGACUCACACUCCCUGCCUCCCUGAUAAAUGAACUCCCCAGUUUAAAAGAUUACAGUAAUCAUGGGAGGACAGUGUAAAUCGAAUCUGAUAGCAAUAACUUUUGGGGAAGGUCAGGCUCAAGUGAAAUGUUACCAGGCAGCAGGCAUUUUGUUUGCAAAAUACAAUCAAAGAGCAUUGAUGAGAAAUUCUUCCCUGCCAGCUAGUCAGCACUUUCUGCUUAACGGCUUUGAGGUGAGGGGAGGGGGAAAUCUUUAUCCAUCAAAUGUCCUGGAGAACUCCUUCCAACUAGACUGUUGCUUCUUGAAAAGAGGGGCAGCUCUGGAGGUUUGCCUCUCUGAGGACACACAGAUUCAGAACCAUCAAAGUAUUACGCGACUUUGGCACGUGGCGUCAAAUCUGCAAAGGCUGUUUUGUGGGUGAGUGUGAAUAUAUCCACAUUCUAAACUACAAUAGGAAGCUGCAUAGAAGGUGAACCCCUGAACGGUGGAAAGCAACAAUGAGGGCUGCAAAUUGUUUACCAGGAAACCGACAGCCAAUACAAACAAAUGAAUAAAUUCAUUUGGGAUAAAUUCAGCUAUUUAUUCAGCCAGAAAUCAUUUGUGCUUCCUUGGCAGAUCCAGGGGUAUGCACAGUGUCAAAGAACUGUCACCUCAAUGAGAAACAACAAUUUGAGGCUGACCUGCGUAAAAUGUUAAAAGAACCAAAGCGAUCAAGUGCAAUGUUUUAAAAUAAAAAGUGAUAGUGGAAAUCAGUAGAUGCCUUUGCUCUUUCUGUUGCUCAUAAAUAACACUGUUUGCACAACAUUUUUUUGCUAGGGUCUAAUCUGUCCAAGUUAUUAUUAACAUUAUUUUAGCUAAAGGAGAUGCUCCACUACUUUUGAGGAAACUGCUUGAGGACUUGACUCCGAACCUGCCUCAAGUCCAAUAACAAACUUGCUAUUUCUCAAGUGUUCAGUUUUAGAAAAUGCAAAACUGUGUGGAAUCCCGGGUGCAAAGCAGUUUCAUUUCAUAAAAAACAAAAUAUAUUUUAAUCAGCUUGGUUAGGUUUCAACUUAUACUCUGGAUGACUUCUAGUUUCAAUGAAGAAUUAACUAGGAUACAGUUUGAUAUAUGCAGGGCAACAUAAAAAUGAAUAACGGAGCAAUAAAUCAUAACUAAACAUUAAGUCCUUCAGCUAGAACUACUAUCCAGAGAGUUAAGGUGUAUAGAUUUAUCAGGUAUAAGACAGAAUAGAAUCAUAUAGGCAUUCUUUCAGUCACUAUGUAAGUUCCCAACUUGACCUGUAAGAACUUCCCUGAUUUCCCUAUAAAGAAUGGCAAAAAUGCCCCUUGUUUUCUAGGCGUGUGUCUGAGUGGUUUUGCAUUUGCCCUGCGCUAAGUUGGAACAAAUGGCAAUCAAGUUUUCUGUGGAUUGUCCCUUGUUCCGAUUUACACACAGGAUGUACGGAAGUGUGGAAUACACACUCUCUUUCAGAAACAUCUAUUGUUUCUUUUACAGAUAUUUUUCAAUGAAUGACCCAUGUAUGAAAGUUUUUUAUGCAACAUGGAAACUUGCAGAGUGCAUUCUGAAUACUAACUGGCUCUAAUAAAAACUGUUAUUUUACCAACCUUGUAAAAUUUGUUGUAACCUUAACUAAUCUUAUCAAAACUAUUUCUGGUACAUAAGACUCUCUCUCUCUCUCUCUCUCUCUCUCUCUGUCUCUCUCUCUCUCUCUCACACACACACACACACACACACACACACUGCAUUGACCUGCACAGGUGCAGCAAAUGGUUCUAAUCAGGCCUUGUAAAAGGUAAAGGUAAAGGGACCCCUAACCAUUAGGUCCAGUCGUGACCGACUCUGGGGUUGCGGCGCUCAUCUUGUUUUAUUGGCCGAGGGAACAGGUGUACAGCUUCUGGGUGAUGUGGCCAACAUGACUAAGCCGCUUCUGGCGAACCAGAGCAGCGCACGGAAACGCCAUUUACCUUCCUGCCAGAGCGGUACCUAUUUAUCUACUUGCACUUUGUCAUGCUUUCAAACUGCUAGGUUGGCAGGAGCAGGGACCGAGCAACGGGAGCUCAUCCCAUCGCAGGGAUUCGAACCGCUGACCUUCUGAUCGGCAAGUCCUAGGCUCUGUGAUUUAACCCACAGCGCCACCCGCAUCCCUAAUCACGCCUUGUAGCCCUACUCAAUAUCAAGGCCCUGGAUGUGUAAUUUCAAGGACAGCCAAAAUAUUAGCAGAAUUUUUAACAUAAAGCAUUUCUUUCAAACCACACUGAAAAUGUUCCAGACCUAAUAAUGAUUCACCUUUGUGAUUCAUAGUUUUAUGAGUCUUCACCCUCCAGCCCCCAGAAAUUUGGUGGUUGGGAGAGUCCCAGGGUACAUGAGCUUAAAUAAGAGUACAUAUUUUACAAACUUGGAAAUAAACAUUUUUGUGCUGGGGUAGGUAUAGAGUUCAAUGUGUUAGAACAUAAGGCAUGAGUGUUCACAGGUUCUUUGCUGCUUAUGCUUGGUUAUUUAAAUAGAGUAUUGCAUCGAGAUAUGAGCUCCACGGAAUUUGCCUAAAUGAAGGAAAGUUGGAGAGGAGAAAAAGAGAACAUCCCCUUUGUUAAGCUCAUUCUGCACGUCUGUGGUUUUUGUCAUGGAAAGGCAGGCCCAGACAGGGGGGUGGGGGGCAUAUGGGCCACUUGGCCCAGGCCUCCGAUUCCAAAGGGGGCCUCGGUUAGCAUAUUUAUCUAUAUUUUCCAUUUUGUCUUUAUAUGCAGAUACAGUUCAAGCCUUGAAAUAAAAUUAUUUGUCAGGAUAACUUUUGUGAAAAUUAUUUAUAUACUUACUUAUUUAUAAGACUUCAGUUAAAAGGACCCCUGACCGUUAAGACCAGUCGUGGCCAACUCUGGGGUUGCAGUGCUCAUCUUGCUUUAUUGGCCAAGGGAGCCGGCGUACAGCUUCCAGGUCAUGUGGCCAGCAGGACUAAGCCGCUUCUGGCAAACCAGAGCAGCGCACGGAAACGCCGUUUACCUUGCCACCAGAGUGGUACCUAUUUAUCUACUUGCACUUUGAUGUGCUUUCGAACUGCUAGGUUGGCAGGAGCAGGGACCGAACAAUGGGAGCUCACCCUGUCAUGGGGAUUCGAUCCGCUGACCUUCUGAUCGGCAAGCCCUAGGCUCUGUGGUUUAACCCACAGUGCCACCCACGUCCCUUGUAGUCCCAGGGUACAUGAGCUUAAAUAAGAGUACAUAUUUUACAAACUUGGAAAUAAACAUUUUUGUGCUGGGGUAUAGAGUUCAAUGUGUUAGAACAUAAGGCAUGAGUGCCCACAGGUUCUUUGCUGCUGCUGCUUGGUUAUUUAAACAGAGUAUUGCAUCGAGAUAUGAGCUCCAUGGAAUUUGCCUAAAUGAAGGAAAGUUGGAGAGGACACAAAUAGAACAUCCCCUUUGUCAAGCUCAUUCUGCACAUCUGUGGUUUUUGUCAUGGAAAGGUGUGGCUUGUUGAGCUCUAUAAAGAUAUCAAAUAAAUGAAAAGGACAGGAUUAGCAUACAGUAGUAACUUAUGUAGUCACCAUAUUGAGGCUGGUCAGAUGCAGAAGAGAAAAGAGAGAGAGAGAGAGAGAGAGAGAGAGAGAGAGAGAGAGAGAGAGAGAGAGAGAAGGACUGAUGCAUCUCUAAGAGCUGUGUGCAGGUGAGUUAGCUAAACCAGGUGAGCUAGGGGUUUCACUUGCAUGCAAAGACAGACUUUGGCUGUUUGAGUGGACGAGACCAAGAAUGGGUCCAAGGGUCAAGAAGGCGGUUUCUGCACAUGCUGUAGAGCAGUAGUUCUCAACCUGUGAGUCCCCAGAUGUUGUUGGACUACAACUCCCAUCAUCCCUGAGCUCUGGCCUUGCUAGCUAGGGGUAAUGGGAGUUGUAGUGCAACAACAUCUGGAGACCCAUGGGUUGAGAAAGGCUGCUGUAGAGGGAAGUGAGGGGCAGAUGGGGCUCGUCCACCUGGGAAGGGAGGCCAUCUAGGAGAAGGAAAACUCUGGUCCUAAACCUCUGCUACCUUGUGGGACAUCUUCAGGAGAAGAAAAGGAGUAAGCCCAACACAAAUCCCAAGUGGAGUCCCUAAGAUAUUCGGACGGCGCCUUGUAUGCCUCCUUCCAACAACUCCUGCAGCCAAGCUGGGGAGGUUAGUCUGGCUCAACCAGAGCCAGGGCUUUUUUGGCUGUGGCCCCGAUCUGGUGGAACGCUCUGUCACAAGAGACUAGGGCCCUGCAGGACUUGACAUCUUUCUGCAGGGCCUGCAAGACAGAGCUGUUCCACCAGGCCUUUGGCCAAGGCACAGUCUGACCCCCUCCUUUGGUAAUCCUCACAGAACUCUAGCCCAAUGGUUGCCAUUAAUUUGAUUUUGAAUUGAUUUUAGAAUGCAUUUCAAUUGAUUGAUUGUGAUUUUAUGUGAACUGUGUUGCUUUUAUUGUUGUUGGCCACUCUGAACCUGGCUUCGGCUGGGGAGGGCAGGAUAUUAAUCAUCAUCAUCAUCAUCAUCAUCAUCAUCUUGCUCUGCUUUCCUUUGGACCCCAUCAGUGAGGCUGAGGGAGCGGGUCUUGUUGUCUGGGCAGCCCAGAACCUCCAUGCACAUUGCCCAGGCUUGCACCCCGGGGAGGUCACUUCAGUGUUGCUAACACAGCUGCUAACUUCACCCUUGGAAGUGCACUCUAUUGUCUCUUGAGACAGAUGAAUGCCAACAACAAGAUGGGGGAUUUCAGCAGGUUUCACUUAGAGUGCAGGCGGCUGCAAUAUCCUUUUCUGCACUGCUUGGGAGGGGCAGAAGCUGUGUCCUCCCUCCCUAUAUUGUGGGUGUGGCUUUUUUUGCCAUGUACCACAAUUAUCUCCUGCCAACCUCGCAGUUCGAAAGCACACAGUGCAAGUAGAUAAAUAGGUACCACUCCAGUGGGAAGGUAAACGGCGUUUCCAUGCGCUGCUCUGGUUCACCAUAAGCAGCUUAGUCAUGCUGGCCACAUGACCCGGAAGCUGUAUGCUGGCUCCCUUGGCCAAUAAAGCGAGAUGAGCGCCGCAACCCCAGAGUCGGCCAUUACUGGACCUAACGGUCAGGGGUCCCUUUACCUUUUUACCGCAAAUAUAUGGGUGAAGCUGAACGGAGCAGAAAACAGAGUCAAAGAGAUGGUUAACUGUGGUGAGGUUAAGAUAUACAACAGUUUAAAACUGAGACUGAUGGCAUGAAGGUUUUCCUUAUUCUUAGACUCCUGAUCAGUGGCCUGAUUUUUCAAAUUUCUCUUCCAGUGCGGCUGACAGGGGGUACUUCAUUCUGACGUUAUCUUGAGCAGCAAAUCAGUCUUGCAGUUGGGUACAUCUCAGCCCUUUUAUUCUAUGAAAGGGCACUGUCAUAGUGCGAGGGGUUUUGGUCUGCAAUAAUUGUUUUUUAAAAAAAUGCUUUUUAUUGCUGUUUCAUUUAAUACAAACAAACAAACAAAAUACAGUAUAAUUCAACUCUCAUUUACUCAUAUUCUUUCCCCACACUCUGCUGAGCAUUGACUUCCUUCCCUUCUACAGGUUUUCUUAUGUCAGUUACUUUUCCACAGUUUCUUAUUGUAUCCAAUCCUAUCUACAUCGUAAGAUUUAUUUCAGUCCUGCCAGAGUCUUCAAAUUCCUACAGUUAUUAUUUAUGUACUCCAUAAAUUUACUCCAAGCUUUUUGGAAUUUUGCUUCCUCCUGAUUUCAGAUUCUGCAGGUCAGUUUUGCUAAUUCUGCAUAAUCUGCAAUAAUUGUUAUAGGGAGACACAGAGACAGACAGAAUAACUUUGUUAUGUCCAUCUCCAGUGCUUUUUUCCCUGAGGGUACGCAUACCCCUAAACAUUUUGUGAAUCUUUGUACAUUUGUUGAUUUACUGUAUUUAUUUUCCCCAAUUUGAACUAUAAAAUGGUCCAUCUCUGAUUUGCUGUGCUCAAGGUAGCAGAUAUGGGGAAGGACCCAGAGUCGAUGAACCGGCAGUCUGACUUUAUUAUCAAGCGCCUCCUUUAAUACUUACUGGAACUUCCCCUUCCUUUUAAGAGCUGUUCCUGGCAUAACAAAUCUGCCCUCUGUUUUACAGACAUGACUGAAGACCGACUGGGGGAUGCCAGUGGAGUGGACAGUGCCGAGACCUACAGUGACAAAGACGCCGACCAAAGGAGCACCCCAGACUUGACAAAAGCCAAGGGCGGUUUCGCUCCAGAGAGCCCAGAGAUUGUGUCCGUGGAUGAAGGAGGCUACGCCAUCCAGAAAAACAGCGGCAGCACCGACAGCAGGCCUCAGAGCCCCAAAUACCAGCCAGAGCCAAACCACCUCCUGAUCGAAGGUCCGUCAGGGACAGUUUCUCUGCCUUUUGGCUUGAAAGCCAACCGGCCACCCCUUGAGGUGUUAAAAAAGAUAUUUCCCAACCAAAAGCCAACUGUGCUUGAAUUAAUCUUGAAGGGCUGUGGGGGUGACCUGGUGAGUGCGGUUGAGGUUCUUCUCUCGAGCAGGUCCUCCAUAGCUGGGGGGGACCGAACUUCUGCAGAGUCAGAAGGCCUGGUUUUGCCUUCAAAUGGACACCUCUUUGAACACACGUUGGGUUCCUAUCCCAUCUCUUCCUCCAAGUGGUCUGUAGGGUCUGCCUUCAGAGUUCCAGACACACUGAGGUUUUCUGCUGACGCUAGUAAUGUUGUGCCCAAUCCGUUGGCUGUCCCCUUACAGCACCCAUUCCCACAGCCACCUCGGUACCCGCUGAUGCUGAGGAAUACUUUGGCAAGAAACCAAUCCAGCCCGUUUCUGCCCAACGAUGUCACUUUGUGGAACACCAUGACGCUGCAGCAGCAGUACCAGCUGAGGUCUCAGUAUGUCAGCCCUUUCUCCACCAAUACCACCAGUGUCUUCCGAAGUUCUCCAGUGCUUCCUACGCGGCCGUCAGAAGAUCCCAGGAUCUCCAUCCCUGACGAUGGAUGCCCAAUUGUCUCCAAGCAGCCUAUUUAUACAGAAGACGACUAUGAUGAAAGAUCAGACUCCUCAGACUCUAGAAUACUAAACACAUCCUCUUAG